UUCCAGACUGGGUGGCCCCUGUCCCCUGGGCUCAGAUCUUCCUUCUUCCACUUCCUCCACUUCCCCUCUGCCCUUCCUGCCUGUUCCUCCUCCCGGACAACGCUUGCCUCGUACAGGUGACCCGCAGAGGACAACCUUAGUCUCCUGCUUUGGGGCGACCCUCUGGAUUCCCGCCUGGAAUUGCAGGCAACCACGUGACUCAGACCAACUGCUCCCCACUUUGGGAGCUUCUGGGCCCUCAUGACCUCAUCCACGUCCUCCAACCCUGCACAUGCUCACUUUGAGAGCUUCCUCCAAGCCCAGCGCUGCCAGGAUGUGCUGAGCAGCUUCCAAGGACUAUGCAGUGCCCUGGGAGUAGAGCCCGGUGGGGGGCUGCCCCAGUUCCACAAGAUCAAGGCCCAGCUCAACUACUGGAGUGCCAAAUCACUGUGGGCCAAGCUGGACAAGAGAGCAGGCCAGCCUGUGUACCAGCAGGGCCGGGCCUGCGCCAACACCAAGUGCCUAGUGGUAGGUGCUGGACCUUGUGGUCUGCGGGCUGCUGUGGAGCUGGCGCUGCUGGGGGCCCGUGUGAUGCUGGUAGAAAAACGCACCAAGUUCUCUCGCCACAACGUCCUCCACCUUUGGCCCUUUACCAUCCAUGACCUUCGGGCACUUGGUGCAAAGAAAUUCUAUGGGCGCUUCUGCACAGGCACCCUGGACCACAUCAGCAUCCGGCAGCUUCAGUUGCUUUUGUUGAAGGUGGUUCUGCUGCUAGGGGUGGAAGUUCACUGGGGGGUCACUUUCACUGGGCUACAGCCCCCUCUUGAAAAAGGGAGUGGCUGGCGUGCUGAACUCCAGCCCAAUCCCCCAGCCCAACUGGCCAACUAUGAAUUUGAUGUCCUCAUCUCAGCAGCUGGUGGUAAAUUCGUCCCUAAAGGUUUUACUGUGCGAGAAAUGCGCGGUAAACUGGCCAUUGGCAUCACAGUCAACUUUGUCAACCAGCGCACUGUGGAAGAGACACAGGUGCCUGAGAUCAGCGGUGUGGCCAGGAUCUACAACCAGAGCUUCUUCCAGAGUCUGCUCAAAGCCACAGGCAUUGAUCUGGAGAACAUCGUGUACUAUAAGGACGAUACCCACUACUUCGUGAUGACAGCCAAGAAACAGUGCCUGCUGCGACUGGGGGUGCUGCGUCAGGACUGGCCAGAGACUGACCGGCUCCUGAGCAGCACCAACGUGGUACCUGAGGCUCUGCAACAGUUCGUCCGGGCAGCUGCUGACUUCGCCACCCAGGGCAAGCUGGGGAAGCUGGAAUUUGCCCAGGAUGCCCACGGACAGCCUGACAUCUCUGCCUUUGACUUCACAAGUAUGAUGCGAGCAGAGAGCUCAGCUCGAGUGCAGGAGAAGCAUGGUGCCCGCCUGCUGCUGGGGCUCGUGGGGGACUGCCUGGUGGAGCCCUUCUGGCCCCUGGGCACUGGAGUGGCCCGGGGCUUCUUGGCAGCCUUCGAUGCAGCAUGGAUGGUGAAGCGGUGGGCAGAGGGCACAGGGCCCCUAGAGGUGUUGGCAGAGCGCGAGAGCCUGUAUCAGCUGCUGUCACAGACAUCCCCAGAUAACAUGCACCGCAACGUGGCCCAGUACGGGCUGGACCCAGCCACCCGCUACCCCAAACUGAAUCUCCGGGCUGUGACCCCUAAUCAGGUACGAGACCUCUAUGACGUAAUGGCCAAGGAGCCUGUGUGCUGGCAGAAUGACAAGACAGACACAGGAACGCCGGCCACAGGGUUGACAAGCACCCAGGAGGAGCUGUUACGCUGGUGCCAGGAGCAGACGGCUGGGUUCCCGGGGGUCCAUGUCACCGACCUGUCUUCUUCCUGGGCUGACGGGCUGGCUCUGUGUGCCCUGGUGCACCGGCUGCGGCCCUGCCUACUGGAACCAUCAGACCUGCAGGGGAUGGGUGCUCUGGAAGCAACUUCUUGGGCACUGAAGAUGGCAGAGCACGAGCUGGGUAUCACACCAGUGUUGUCUGCACAGGCAGUGGUGGCAGGGAGUGACCCUCUGGGCCUCAUCGCAUACCUCAGCUACUUCCACAAUGCCUUCAAGAAUACACCUCAAAAUCCAGGCCCUGUCAGCCAAGACUCCCCAGUUACUGCCAGUGCUGUGCUGUUCCUUGGCAAACUGCAGAGGACUCUGCAACGUACCCGGGCCAAGGAAAAUGGGGAGGAUGCUGGUGGCAAGAAGCCUCGCAUGGAGGAAAAGGCUGAGACCCCAAGUACUGAAGAGCCACCUGUCCCAGAGUCCAGUCUACCCCUGACACCCCCAUCCCUCCAGGAGGAGGCUGAUGCUGGAGACCUGUGUGCACUUUGUGGGGAACACCUCUAUGUUUUGGAACGCCUCUGUGCCGAUGGCCGUUUCUUCCACCGGAGCUGCUUCCGCUGCCAUGUCUGUGAGGCCACACUGUGGCCAAGUGACUAUGGGCAGCACCCAGGAGAUGGACAUUUCUACUGCCUCCAGCACCUGCCCCAACCAGAAAGCGACAGCAACAAAAGCCCCGAGAGUCAGGAGCUUCCCACACUGGUUGAGAACAGCAUGCCACCAAGCCCCUCCAGUCCCAUGGCCCCCCAGGAGGGAGCCAGUCCUGUACCAAGCCCCAGUCAGCCUACCCGUCGGCUGAUCCGUCUCUCCAGCCCGGAACGCCGUCAGCUAUCCUCCCUUAACCUUACUCCUGGCCCAGAAAUGGAACCUCCACCCAAGCCUCCCCGCAGCCUCCUAACUGAGGCCAAGCAGGCCCUGGAGGACAGCUUUGUGGGUUGGGGAAUGCCAAUCCAGACACCUCAAGUUCUUGAGACCAUGGAGAUGGAGGAAGAGAAUCCCUCCUCCAGUGAAGAGGAAGAGGAAGAGGCGAUUGUGGACUUAGCCAUGGAGCAGACCCUGUUAACCUUGGCGAAGAAUCCAAGCAACAUGAGCAACUAUCCAACGUGGAAUCGGACCCUGCUACGCCGUGCUAAGGAGGAGAUGAUGAAGCGGUUUUGCCAGGCCCAGGCCAUCCAGCGGCGCCAAAAUGAGAUUGAGGCUGCUCUGAAGGAGCUGGAGGCUGAGGGCGUGAAACUGGAGCUGAACUUGAGGCGCCAGAGCAGUUCUCCAGAACAGCAAAAGAAUCUAUGGGUAGAACAGCUGCUGAAGCUUGUUGAGAAGAAAAACAGCCUGGUGAAUGAGGAGGCUGAGCUCAUGAUCAGGGCAAAGGAGCUGAACCUGGAGGACAAACAAUGGCACCUGGACCAGGAGCUACGAGGCUACCUGAACCAGGAUGAAAACCUAAAAUCAGAUGAUGAUCGACGGAAAGAGAAAAACAUCCUAAAGAAACUGGUGGACGUGGUGAAUGAGCGAGAUGCCCUCAUCCGCUUACAGGAACAGCGCAGGCUCAGCGAGCUGGCCUUGGGGUCAGAGGCCCAGGCCUAGAAGAGGACAGGCUGCUGACCUCCUUUCCUACAAGACCAUGUCAUCCUAGGAAAGGAUAGUUCAUUUUAUAAUAAAAAUAUAAAAACAAA